UUUUGAUUGGCUAGGACGGGCUCAUAUCUUUGGAUAUGGAACUGUAACUGUACCAACCAGUCCCGGAUCUUAUACCCUCGAUUGUUACACUUGGAGGCCAUUUGGUAAUUUAAGACAACGUUUCGUGCAAUAUUUUAUGGGUGGUGGAUUACAGUUACGAAACUUUGAACAACUUUUAUCGACUGGGGAAAGAUACCAACUAUCUACCGAAGCAAUGGGCGUGGUCACAUUUGAGCUUUCUUUAGUUUUUAGAAAUUUUAGUAACUAUGGAGUUGAAUACUAAAAUGAAAGUGAUUAUUUUCAUUGGAUUACUGGCAAGCGUUGCCAUAGCCAAAGAUAAAGCUACCACUGCAGCUUCAACUACAGAAAAGUAUAGUUCUUCUACUAUAGCUGAAGAAAAUUCUACCGUAGCCAAUUCUAUAUGCGAGGACAAUUCCACGUAUUGUGAUAAUUCAACUGAGGUUCCAUUUUCGAAUUUUACUACUAUAUCUUCAAAAAAUGAGACUGUUAAAAAAGAAAUUGCCUCUGCAGGACAAUCUGUGCAUGGGGAUUUUUGUACGUGCGAUUUGCAAGAAAACUUUUGUGACAUAAACUGUUGCUGUGACAAAGACUGCUCUCUAGAGAAUAAGGAAGUUUUCCAAUAUUGUUUAUCGGAACCUAGAUUUUAUGAUACAAGAUACUGUGACUACAUGAAAUAUAUUUAUAUAAACAAUACACCUGUCAAAUGGCAUAUUAACCAAAACGGAUUAUUUUGUAUUAUCAAGAGCAACCAUCCCCCAUCUUAUAUAAUUCAACGUAAACACCCUAUCAGAACGUUUGUCGAAACUCGAACAGAAAAAGUUAACAAAUUUUCAUGGCGAAAAGAACUGAUAAACGAAAAUGAUAUCUUUAAUUCUUCUAAAAAAAUACUAUAUGGUAGCUCUAUGUGGCUUGUUAAUAGAAGGGGCAUACAUAAAUUUGGACUACUCAACAGUUUUAUAACCAAUCGAUGCCUUAUAAAGGAAGCAGUUUUUUAUUUAAAAAACUUGGAUACAAAAUGUUCUCAGAACGAAAUAUUUGAAGAUAAUCCAUAUAUAAAUUUAAAAUACUAUUUUCAAAAUGUCUAUCUUAUCACCAAUCCCAUGUUAGUGAAUUUAACUAAAUGGAAACAAAAAGUGUUUGAGAACUGUCCCCGAAAUGUGUGUAUCUCCAUAGUUCCAAAAAUAUGUGAAAAUUAUUUAACAAAUUGUGAAGAUAUAAAAAAUGAUACAAAAAUUCUAACGGUUCGUUGCAAUGUUUCCUUAAUUACGAAAAUGAAUACCUGUUACAAUGUAGUCAAAAAGUUACGAUACAAUAUAUUCCAUAAUGGCACUAAAGGUGCUGUACACGUUGAGUUAUUAGCUGUCCUCAACAACAUCACUCACGAAUUUGGUGGCGAAUCGUCAGAAUUUGACCAAGAAUUUUCAGUUAGAUUUUUUUGGACAAACAGUACUGGUGAUGUCAAAGAUCUCAGUGGAAACCCUGGAUAUUUGAUAAAUAAACCUAUAUUUACUGGUAAACUUUUGACCAUAAAAAACGGUAGUGAUACUUUGUUAAAAAUAAAAAGGAAUCUAACAGAUGCAAAAGAAAGUUUUCUAACAAUUCCUGAUAAUAUUGAUGGCAACUGUGUGCUUAAUGAAACCCUCUUCACUAGAAUAGAAUUUGGUUACAACUUAAUAACUAAAUGUAAAUAUAGAUCGAUUUCUUUUAGUACUAGAAAAGGUGUUAAUGGUACUGAAAUGUGCAGAGCAUUACAGCGAUCUGUUUUGGAAAUGUGGAACUUUAACAAUACGAUGAUAGGCUUCUUUGGAAACGCCGAUGAAAACAAUCUGGAUGACUGGAUUAAAGCACUGUACAAAAAAGAUUUAGACUCUUUAUUGAACAGUACUUUGGGCUACUUCUCGUCGAAAAUGGGAUACUUAUCUUGUUUGAAUUUGGUCAGUGAUCUAGAGAUCGACAUAUUUCAUUCCAGAAUCGAUAUUAAUGAUUUGCUAGACCAAGAGAAAAUUUUAGCUGUGACGUUUUCUUUUGGUGGUUUUACAAACCGAACGUUAAUUUUUAACAAAAACACUAGUUCUGUAAAUUAUGAAACGAGCCUAAAAACUACGGUAACUUUUUAUGAUUUGACUACCCAGAAGAGAAAGAAGGCAGUCGAUCCACCGAGUUUAGAAAUUAAGCUACCAUAUGAUUUUUUUUAUCCUUUUGUUAGAAUCAAUAAUGAUUGUUCUAAUAUAAGAUUGAAUGUUUUAAUAUUUAUAUUAACAUUAGUUAUAGUAGUUCAUUUUAAAUAAAGCUAUUUUGUCAUGCUGAA